AUGGAUGAGGAAAUUGAACAAAAGAUUAAACUAUGCUCAGUGUGUCAGGAUGUGCGGACCUCUCCACCUUGUGCCCCAUUGAUACCCUGGAAAUGGGCCACGCGACCCUUUCAGCGUAUUCAUAUCUAUUUCUGCCAAAAAGGGAGUGAUUUCUUUUUAGUGGUGUUUGAUAGUUACUCAAAAUUAAAAGAGGUAAAGCACCUGACCCCAGUUACCACAGACAAGACCAUAACAGAGUUGCGUCUUAUACUUUCCCAACACGGUUUGCCCGAGGAGUUGGUAUCAGAUAACGGGCCACAAUUUGUCUCAAAUGAGUUUGCUGAGUUCAUGUAUAAAAAUGGCAUCAAACAUACUUUAACUCCUCUUUACCACCCACAGUCAAAUGGUGCGGCGGAAAGAUCAGUCAGAGUGGUAAAGGAGGCGCUAGUCAAACAAAUUCUAGAGGAAAACAAGAGUAGGUAUAUUAAGCAUAGACUAGCAGAUUUCCUUCUAAGAUACCGUACCACCCCACACAGCACCACAGGUGCUACGCCAGCAGAGCUGUUGAUGAGACGUAGACUGCGUACUCCUUUAACUCUAGUGAAACCUGAUCUAGCCAAAACGGUAGAGAACAAUCAAAACAUGCAAAAGGAAUAUAAGGAUUUAAAGGGUCAUCAAGAUAGGCUGUUUGCAGAGAAUGACAUAGUUCGAGUGAGAAAUACUCAAGCCCGUAGCAAUACUGAGAGGUGGAUUCUGGGAAGGGUAGUCAAGGUUUGCGGGCACAGAAGUUAUUUAGUUAAGACUGGCCAUAAAACCAGAUAUGUUCACGUUGAUCAUCUGAUUAAAGCUUAUGAUAAGCUGCCAAAUGAGACUAGGGAGUUGGACAUACCAGUCCCAGAAUUGCGUGAAUACUAUGCUCUAGGUGUAGAUAAUAGCCUAGCUUCAUCUGUUGUGCCGCAGCCGCCAGUAAAAUUUUCAGAUGAAGAUAACAAGCCGUGUUCUAAUGAAGGGAAUGUAAACUCACCACCGCCUAUAGUUCUUAGGCGAUCAGAGAGAGUCAAGAAGCCUGUUGACCGACUGAACCUGUAG